AUGGAUCAUGGUUUUGAAAUUUCAGGGCAACAUAGAAUGAAGAGUGGAAAUGGACAACUUUCAGUUCCUCCAGGUUUUCGAUUCCAUCCAACCGAUGAAGAGCUUUUGUACUAUUAUCUGAAGAAGAAGGUCUCCUAUGAAGCUAUUGACCUUGAUGUUAUCAGGGAGGUGGACCUCAACAAACUUGAGCCUUGGGACCUCAAAAGUAAGUGUAGAAUUGGAUCUGUUCCUCAAAAUGAAUGGUAUUUAUUUAGCCACAAGGACAAGAAAUAUCCUACAGGAACUCGAACAAAUCGGGCAACCACUGCUGGGUUUUGGAAAGCAACGGGGAGAGACAAGGCCAUCCAUCUCAGCAACUCUAAGAGGAUUGGCAUGAGGAAAACCCUCGUCUUCUACACAGGACGUGCUCCUCAUGGCCAAAAGACAGAUUGGAUCAUGCAUGAAUAUCGCCAGGAUGAUGACAACUCCGACGUUCAGGAAGAUGGGUGGGUCGUCUGUAGGGUUUUCAAGAAGAAGAAUCCAAGUAGAGAUUUCUUGCCAGAAGUUGCUCAUGAACACUUCUCUCACAUGAAGGCGAGCUCUUCUUCUGCAUCAAUGGAGCAUAAACAGAAUCACAUGCAAGCACCAUAUGACUACAGCUUCGAUGGUUCCAUGUAUCUCCCACAGUUGUUUAGUCCAGAAUCAGCUGUUGCCCCACCCUAUAUUUCACCUCUUCCUUUGAACACCAUGGAUAUUGAGUGCUCUCAGAACUUGUUAAGGUUAACAUCAAGUGGUUGCGGACUUUUGCAACCGGCGGAGAGGUUCAAUGCUGAUUGGUCAUUUCUAGAUAAGCUUCUUGCGUCUCAUCAAAGCCUCGAUCAGCACUCCCAAAGCAAAGGCAGUCCAUCUCUCGUUGUUGAUCAUGUAGGAGCUUCAAGUCAUCAGAAGUUCCCAUUUCCAUACCUUGGCUGUGAAAAUGAUAUUUUGAAAUUUUCCAAAUAGGUUUAGCAACUCUCCGACACUGCAUCUUAUGUAUGAUCUUAAGCUUUUCUGAGCUGUGAAGAGGAAAUUUUUAUUCGAAAUAGUUAGUAAGGACACCACCAUGCAUAUGUAUUAAGUAUUUGGUUAAAUUCUAUUCUUGCUAUCAUAUGAAUCGUUGGUUUUGGA